AUGAAGAUAUUAAAUGUUAUAAAGAACCUUCUCUAUCAGAAGAAAAUAUCAAUUAGACCUUACUAUUUACGGAUAAGAUAUUAUGAAAGUACAAUUUAAUUAGUUUAUUUUUCAAAAGAAUGCAUUUUUGCAGGCUUUUUGUGCAGAUUAAUGGGUAGCAUAAGUUUAAAUUUAUUACUUAGUUUUAUUAUCUGCUCUAGCAUUCCAAGCAGCACCUUUAAGUCUAACCUAUUCCACAAUUUCGCCUACUUAGCUUGGAGGAUUGGCUUCCUUGAUUAUUGCACCUAUAAUUUUAAAAUAAAUUAGUUUGAUGUUUCUAUAAAUAAAAUUUACCUAAUUCAUCACUCAUAACGAAGAUUGAGAACUUUUGAAUAUUGGAAAUGCUUGUAGAGCUACGAGAAACAUAAUCAAAGCGUCCUACUAAAUCGGUAUAACCAUCUUUAAAGAAUGAGACAGUUCCAUCUUUUUGCUUAGAGAAGCACUUAACAUAAACCUUAGAAAGUGGUUUUUCUUCCUUGUCAAGAAUCUUAAUUUGACCAAUAUCUUCUAUUAAUUAGACUUAUAGAGAAGUAGAGAAGUAAGUCACACUACUUUAUACAUUAUGGGAAGAUACUUCUAUGCAAACAUUAGACUUUACAUAUUUUUCUGGAAUUGGAAUUUACACUUUUUAAAGUCCUUUUGAUAUAUCAAAAUCAAAUACUUCUGAGUGAUUAGGCUUAACAAAGCUAAAGUCAGAAGCUUCGUUUGAAAGGAAGGGAUUUCUACUGA